UGCGCUUGAAGGGAGACCAGUUCUGUUCAGUGAGCAUCAAACACGACUUUUAAACACUUUUAGAGGAGGAGUUUUUAUACUUUUCAAUAGCACCGAGCUCGGGAUAUAUUUACUCCAGCAUAGUGGAUUUUUUAUUACUUUACUUGGAGACCUGUUGCCUACCUUGCCAGCCUGCCUCGCCGCAUACUGAACCACCGACUACCCAAGAUGUUGCUUUGUGGAUGGGAUGGCCUCAGGUCCUGUCUGUGUGCGCACUCGUAGCCUUGUUGGAGUACGAAUAAUUCCAUUUAAAGUGAUUUUGUAGCGCUUCUUGCCCGGGAAGAUGCACGUGUCUCUGGCAGAAGCGUUGGAGGUUCGAGGAGGUCCGCUGCAGGAGGAGGAGGUCUGGGCGGUGCUCAGCCAGAGUGCUGAAAGCCUCCAAGAACUCUUUCACAAAGAUCCUUCAGCCAUGGGCUUCAUCAUCUCUCCUUGGUCCCUCCUGCUCAUGCCCUCUGGAAACAUCUCAUUCACAGACGAGUAUGUCACCCAGCAGGACCUGAGAGCCUUCACAGCUCCAGAGGUCCUCGAGGGGGUCUCCCUGUCUUCUGUCUCUGACAUAGAGAAGAUGCACAUGUACUCUCUUGGGAUGACUCUGUUCUGGGGGGCGGACUACGAGAUCCCUCAAAGUCAGCCAAUGAAGUUGGGGGAGCACCUAAACAGCCUGCUUCUCAACAUGUGUGACGAUGUAACACUGAGUCGAAUGUCACUGCGCACGGUGCUGGACAUCUGCAGCAAACAUAUUCGAAACUCCAGUUGUGACCCUCCCUUCUCCUAUAUCAGAAAACUGGUCCGGUUGGUACUGGGCAGCCUUUCUCAGCUGGACGGUCUGCUGACUGAUAGAGAGUCUCUUCCGGAGCGGAGUAAGGAGAUUCGGGAGAGGCUGAGGGGUAAAGGUUUGCCCUCAGGGAGGAGCGCAGCACCCAGAGUCCUGGAGCGUUAUCGAGCCCGGACACAGGAACAGACGUCUCUAAACCGAGGACUCAGCCGCUCCAUGGGCUCUCUGCCAAUCCAGGGACUGUUAAAGGGGGAUGAAGGGGCAGCCCUACCAUACUCCCUACCCAACUCUGACUCCCCCACGGACCUCUACACCAGACCCCCCUCACUCCAUCAUCAGCACUCCUAUCCCUAUCUACACCCCCUCCACCCCCAGCAGAAGGGCCGGCCUGUGGAGCUGGACAGGAGGUCUUUACCUUUUCAGAGGGAGGACGUGGGCCCAGGUCAGGCCAGAAAGACUUGGGCUUCCUCUGUGGACUUGGCUUACAUUGACCCGGAGGCUCUUCGUUUCGGGGCUCUGGAGGAUGCACGGAGGGGAAGCAGUGCCAUAAGUACUCACUCCAUGGGCAGGCGCAAAUCUCCCUUGAUGUCAUCCCGGGAGAGGGACACUCGCUACUCUGAGUUUGCGGGACUGAAAAGUAGGAAGCCUCAUCACCACUCGGCCCUGUCUGUGGGUUCAGGCCUCCCUGGGGCCUACGACAGGAUAAAGGAGAAACAGAGGAAACUUCAGGUGCUCAGACAGGCAGUGGAUGAUCCGGUCCACACCCACCACAGGUACCACAGUGACUACAGCUCAUCUAGCGAAAGCCCCUCAGUGACCUCCUCUGAUCCAGACUACAGACAAGCUAAGAAACCGGGCGAGGUCAGGAGGUUUGGCUCUCAGCUGGCUCUUCCCUCUGAGCAUGAUGCUUUGUCAUUGACGAGUCACAGCGCACACAGACUAAGGCAGUAUGAGGGUGCAGCUGAUGAAGGCCUGGUUGGAGCAGAGCUGCUCCUCCAGAAGCAGGAGGAGGAGGUGCAGCGACUGCAGGCUCACCUGGCCAACAGGCUGUCCAGGGCAAACCUCUACCCCACAGACGACCCUCUGGCCCCACCUCGCACUUCCAUGCUUGACCUCCGAGACCCACUAUACCCCUCCUCUGUACCACUUCGCAAACCCAAGAACUUCCACGGGCCUGAGUUUGUGAAGAUGGCCAGUGAACCUCCUGUUGCCUUAACUGUCCCCUCUUCAAUAAUGAAACGUGGGAAGAUGGAGGAGGUGCAGAGAAAGGUUGGUGUAGUUCUGCUGAACAGCCAAAAGCUGGAGCUGAGCUGUGACAUUAAGGCAGUGUGUAAAGACGUUCUUGACAUGGUGGUCGCUCACAUCGGGCUUGUGGAGCACCAUCUCUUCAGCCUCGCAUACCUCAGAGAUAAUGAGUUUUUCUUCGUUGAUCCCGAUGCCAAACUCUCGAAAGUGGCCCCAGAGGGAUGGAAGGAGGAUCCUAAGAAGAAGAAACUGGAUGUGCCUUUUAAUCUUUUCUUACGCAUCAAAUUCUUCCUCGAUGACGUCAACCUCAUACAGCACGCUAUGACCAAACAUCAGUACUACCUACAGACGAGGAAGGAUAUUUUGGAGGAAAGGACGCGCUGUGACACAGACAAUGCCAUGCUGCUGGCUUCACUUGCUCUGCAGGCUGAAUUCAGCGAUUACCAACCUGAGCUCCAUGGGAAGACUUACUUUCGAGUGGAGCACUACUUGCCAGCUUCAGUCUUGGAUAAGGUGAACCAGACGACCAUCAAGGAGGAGCUGCCCAAACUUCACAGCAACUACUACGGAGCAUCUGAGUCCGAGGCAGAGUUUGAGUUUCUUAAGGUGAGCCAGAGGCUGACGGAGUACGGUGUCCAUUUCCAUCGGGUGCUUCCUGAGAAAAGGUCCCAGACCGGCAUCAUGUUGGGCGUCUUCUCCAAAGGGGUACUCAUCUUUGAGGUCCUUAAUGGAAAUCGGACGGCUGUGCUAAGGUUCCCCUGGAGGGAGACGAAAAAGAUUUCCUUUGCAAAAAAGAAGAUCUGCCUUCAGAACACAUCAGAUGGGAUCAAACACCAGUUUCAGACAGAUAGCAACAAAACGUGUCAGUAUCUGCUACAGCUCUGCUCAGAUCAGCACAAGUUCCACCUACAGAUGAAGGCCCGCCAAAACAACCAGGAGCUACAGGAGCUAGAGAACAGUCCUUUAAGCAACUUGCAGUAUCCCAUCGACCCUCGGAGUGUAGACACAGGAGGCAGGACUGUGAGCUCAGUCAGCCUGGGCCCCAGCUUAUCCACACGCUCCAAUCCAGACCACCUGAAGAGGAUCUCAUACUCGGAAGUUGCUCUCAACAAGGCCCCGUCAGGACCCAUAUUGGUCCAAGAUGAGCUCCACUUUCCAGGUUUCAAUCCAGCUGUCUCCACGGUCCUUUCCAACCCAAGAGCCUUAAGCCGCUCCCACCACAACCUCACUCAGACGCCAGAGUCACCAGAACACAGAGCAUCCGAGUCAUACCACGGCCAGUUGCACAUCAGGAUGAGUCAGCCACCACCAAAACAAACGACUUCUCACUUGCUCCAGCAGCAGAGGGCCGGCUCAGAUACAGACUCGCUUUUACAACAACAGGACAAGUCAUUUGGCACAGUGUCCCACAGCAGCCCAGCCUGGAGUCACAAAAAAGAGUCUGACUCGUCCUCCAUAGAGGACUCUGGGCAAGCAUAUGUAGUAGGUGUCAGUAUGCACAGUUCCUCUGGCACGCCUUCAACCCCAGCCUCAGUCAAUGAUUCACUCAAGAAAAAGCUCAGUGCCUUACCAUCUCCGGAGAGAGAAAUCACGACUGUGCACCUGAAGAAAGAUGUGAAAUAUGGUCUGGGGUUUCAGGUUGUAGGAGGAGAGAACUCUGGUCGAAUGGACCUCGGUACCAUAAUCAGUUCCAUCACUCCUGGGGGUCCUGCUGAUGUCGACGGCCGCCUCAAACCUGGUGACCGGUUGAUCGCUGUGAAUGAUGUGAACCUUCAUGGGCUGUCUCAUGCCACUACAGUUGAAAUCCUCCAAAAUGCUCCUGAUGAUGUUAAUCUGGUGGUGUCCCAGCCCAUAGAGAGGCUCUACAAAGAACCUUCUUCAGGCUAUGCUUCCUACCAAGCCAACUCUCCAUUAAAGGCACUUAACUCCGGACAGAGACGAGAACUUGAAUAUGAUAGCUCCUCAGAGGAGAAGGUAGGAGCAGGAAGUCCCAUUACCCCUCUCCAAAAUCCUGGGACGCCGUCAUCCACUUCUUCCCCGGUCCACCAGCUCAUCCUCCUCAACUCGCAGGACACCAGAACAGGCAGCACGGCUAAAAUUAGCAAACCUCCUGUUAUCAAUGUUCAGCAGUGCCUGGAAAGAGCUAAAGCUGCUCCCCCUGCUGCUGCCCAGCAUCACAGACCAGAACUUGACAUGGGUCCGGAUCCAACACCUCCGGCUCUGCCACCCAAAACUAGAAAACCUAAAGUGUCUGAAGCUCCAAAAGUCACAGAGCAUUCAGACGACUGGGGGGAUUCAGACAUGGACGAGGAGACUUAUUCAAGUAGUCAAGAGAAACUCAAAGUCAAAAAGGAAUACAUCAUGGAAAAUUUAAAUGGUAAUGUCCCAGGAGUCAAUAGUCUCCGUCCAGGAGAUCUAUUUGACGUUGAGCUGUCCAAAAAAGACAGCAGCCUGGGCAUAAGUGUCACGGUACUGUUCGGCAAGGGGGGAGUCAACACGACUGUUCGACACGGAGGCAUCUACGUCAAAGCCAUCAUCCCAAAAGGAGCUGCUGAGCUUGAUGGAAGGAUACAGAAAGGGGAUCGUGUGCUGGCUGUAAAUGGAAAAAGUCUGGAUGGAGCCACUCAUCAGCAAGCUGUAGAGGCUCUCAGAGACACUGGGCAGAUGGUGCACUUGUUACUGGAGAAGGGUCAUCUGCCUGCAGACAGCAUCCACGCUCCUCUCACUCCUCAGCGCACUCCACCACAAUCUGACAGCAGACAAGAGCAGAACAAUGGGCAGCCACUGGAGGUCAAAGAGAAACCAGAGUACAGUUUUAUUACAGAAGAUAACGUGUUUGAAGUUUGCCUGCUCAAGAACACAUCAGGGCUCGGUUUCAGUUUCAGUCGGGAAGAGAAUAUCCCCGAUGAACCACACGGCUCCAGCAUGGUCCGGGUUAAAAAACUGUUUCCUGGUCAACCAGCUGCAGAGAGCGGUCGCAUCAACGUGGGCGAUGUUAUCUUGAAGGUCAAUCAGACCCCCUUGAAAGGACUCUCACAGCAUGAGGUGAUAUCAGCCCUGAGAGGAACAGGACAGGAGGUGACUUUGCUCCUCUGUAGACCUGAACCUGGGAUUCUUCCUGAAAUUGAUGCCUCAGCCUUGACUCCCAUGCCAUCUCCCCGAAAGGAGCCGUUGCCUCCACUUGAGUCCAGCAUUAGCUCCAACAGAGCCACCUCUUCUUCAGACACGCAGGACAGGAUGCUUCAGGGCGCCGUGGAGGAGGCUCUGGAGAGGCUGCGGCUCAAAACCCCCGGUCGCCACAACAGCUACAGCGACAGCACAGAGGGGGAUGAGGAGGUGGAAGAAGCCUUCAGCCCGAGCAAUGUGGAGCAGAACAAACAAAUGUGGGAAAGGAGCGUCUACCAUACCCCUGGAAGUACCAUGGGACUGGGGCGCUACGACAGCACGGGGCAGCUGGACGACAGCACCCACUCAGCGUUCUACUCCCCAGACCUGUCUAUGACGAGAUCUGACCUCAGCAAGAGGGGCCAUCCUUCCCCUUUAAUGGCCGAUCUGGAGUCAUCUCCCCAGCCAAUGGUGUCCUCCCCCUCUGCUCCAAGCCCAGAUCCCCUGCCUCCCCCUCUGCCUCUGCCAUUAAACCUGACCAUGUCUGGCAAUGGACAGGACAUGGACGAAUUUGUGCCGGAUGUAGAACUUAAAGUCUCCUUGGUGAAGUCAGAAAAAGGCAGCCUGGGUUUCACCCUCACCAAAGGAAAUGAUCAGGGGUGCUACAUCCACGACAUCGUCCAGGAUCCAGCCAAAGGAGAUGGACGGCUCAGGCCUGGGGACCGAAUGAUUAUGGUGAAUAACACAGACGUGAGCAACAUGGGUCACACUGAGGUGGUCAAUCUUGUGCGUGCAGCCCCCCGUGUUGUUGACCUGGUAGUCGGAAGGGUCUUGGAGCCUCCCAAGCCCCCCAUAGAAGCCCACCUGCUGCCUGACAUUUGCUUUAAAGGCGACCAAGAACCACUGGGUUUGGUUCUGGACGGAGGCAGUGACAGUGUUUAUCAUGUCUUAUAUGUGAAAGACAUCCUGCCUGGUUCAUUAGCUUCUGAGGAGGGGAGUCUGAGGCCACUCGAUCUGAUCCACUACAUCAACGGUGCUCCCACCCAGGACCUGACUCUCAGUGAGAGCACCAGGCUGCUGGAGCUCUCCCUCGAUGACCUUACUCUCAAGGCAACAAGGGAUGGAAAGCCUGUGUUUCCUGGGCAGAAAAGUGUCUCAUUUCUCAACAACAACAUCAGCCCCAAGGUUUCAUCCAGCAUUAAUGGGUUUCUGAUAGGAGAGGAUCCCAGAGAUACUGAGGGUCUUGCAGCCCUUUGUCCUAUAGAGGAGGACAUCAUAACGCUGGAUCUAGAGAAGCCACAUGCAGGAGGUCUGGGUUUCUCUGUGAUUGGAGGGGAGAGAGGGAUAUUUGUGAAGUCUAUCACACCAGGAGGGAUUGCAGAGUCCUCAGGCAAGCUGCAAGUGGGAGACCGGCUGCUGAAAGUGAAUGAAGAUCUAAUGACAGGUGUGUCUCACACCAAAGCUGUCACCACCAUCCGUAAAGCUAAAGGCCUCGUACACCUCGUGGUGUCAAGACCACCUGACCAGCAUCCAAACACAUACCUGGCUUACCUGCCAAUCAACUCUGAUAACUGCAAUGGAAACACAGAUCUUAGUGAAGACAGCGGAGUCAAAACAAAGCUGUUAGCUUCCAAGGAUGAGCGGAAAACAAGCAGCUUCCCUACAAUACCACCAAUAGACUAUGAAGACGAUCCUCUAGAAGAGAAAAGAGUGAUGGAGCACAGUGCAGAGCUUUCAGAGGACACUGACUGCGAUGGCUCUUCUUUACCUGAAGACUCCCCCGAGAAUUCCCGGAAAGUGGAAUGGCAAGAGGAGAGUGUUGAUGAUCCAAGGAAUGAAAACUAUCUACAGAUGAGUGCUGGACAGCCAGAGGAAGAUGAAAUCACAUGGGGGAGUGAUGAACUGCCUAUUGAAACCAUGAACUCCAAAUCAAGAGAGGAUGGACCAAUCAUAACAGAGGACGAGCUGACCUCAUUGCCCCUUGUCAAAGUGGUCCCUGACGGUCAGUACACAGGGCUGAAGCUCAGCACUGUGGUCCGCAUGAUGAGAGGGCUUCUGGAACAGAAAGUCCCCCUGCAGGAGUUUGAGAAUCUCCAGAACCUCCAGCCUCUGGAUGACUGUUUAAUUGGUCAGACGAAGGAGAACAAGAAAAAGAAUCGCUACAAGAACAUUGUCCCAUUUGACACAACUCGAGUCAUGCUGGGCAAAGAUGGCGGCUACAUCAACGCCAACUUCAUCAAGAUGCCCGUGAAGGACGAGAGCUACAUGUACAUCGCCUGUCAGGGUCCCUUGCCCACCACUCUGGGCGACUUUUGGCAGAUGGUUUGGGAGCAGAAGUCUAAUGUGAUUGCCAUGAUGACGCAGGAAGUGGAGGGAGGGAAAGUGAAGUGUCAACGGUACUGGCCGGACACACCGAGGACAGCAGAGAUGGUGGACGACCGGCUGCAGAUCACGCUAAUCAAAGACCAAUAUCUCGAUAAUUUUGUUAUUCGGCUUAUUGAGGUCAAAAAUGUCCAGACCAAUGAAAUCCAGUGCGUGACUCAUCUCAACUACACGGGAUGGCCGGACCACGGGACACCUUCACAGCCAGAGCAGCUUCUUACAUUUAUUUCUUACAUGAGGCACGUUCAUCGAUCGGGGCCAAUAAUCACACACUGCAGCGCAGGCAUCGGCCGAUCUGGGACGCUCAUCUGUAUAGACGUGGUUUUGGGUCUCAUCAGUAAAGAUGCUGACUUUGAUAUUUCAGAUGUCGUACGGAACAUGAGACUUCAGAGACAGGGAAUGGUCCAAACAGAGGACCAGUAUAUUUUCUGCUAUCAAGUAAUCCUCUAUGUCCUCAGAUGCCUUCAAGCAGAAGAAAACAUCUCAGGAUAGCAGAAACAUCUGUAUCGUUGUCACAUCCGCGCUGGGUGGCUGUUACACAAGUGCAAAAACAAAACUGGAGGAGUGUUGACACAGGCAAACAUUGCCAAAUUUACACUACAUGUUUUUAAAAUGCCUUAAAAUAUUCAACUCCAUGAGAGUCAUUCCUUUUAAAGAAGUCUAUAUUUUUAUGUUUGCUUUUUGAGUUCUCUUUCUUCGGCUGCUACUCCCUUUCGAUGCAUUUAUGAGAACUUCUGAUUGUAUUUCUUACUAUCGUCACCCACAAGAGAACGUCAAUGUUUUUUCCCCCACAGAUUCUUGGAUAUUUUAAAAAUAAUUAUGAAAAUGAUCAAUGACUUCGUAUUUUAUGUGGAACAAAAUUGUUUAUUUUGAAUCCUACUUUGAUGCUGGAACAUGCCUUGACAGAAUACUAUGUCAGUAUUUGCUUUGUAAAUCUAUUAUACAGUACAGUGCUUACUGCCUGAGGUAAAUGAUGAAAUUAAGUGUACAUAUUCAUCUCCUGAAGAUUAAACUGGAUACAUUUUA